GGGCCACCCCUGACCCUCCGGCCCUCCCGCCCCCGCGCCGGACGCCGGUGUGCUGUAUAAAUACCGGGUCGCGCUGUCUCGCCCACUCACCAGCCCAGGCCGCCGGACGCCGGAGACCACUGCUGCGUGUGUCCACAACUCCCGAUCCAUCCAUCUCCAUCUUGGCCGGAGGCAGCCUCCUCAUCAUCUCAUAUCAUCUCACGUCGGUAGCAACACGGAACACGAGAACAAUGGGCAUAGUGCGGGCCGCGGACGAUGUGGAGGCCGGAGUGGUCGGGGCCGCCACGACGACGACGACGACGGAGCCGCUUCUCCUCCGCCACUGCGGCAAGGAGGACCACGAUAAGAUCCGGGGCAGCCCGGAGGAGGCGGCGGCGUCCGACUGCGGGAGCGAGGAGGGGCGGCCCGACGCAGCAGGCUCGCUGCGGAUGGUCCUUCUCUCCACCGCCGUCGCCGUCUGCGGCUCCUUCGAGUUCGGCACCUGCGUCGGCUAUUCUGCUCCCACGCAGUCAGGGAUUGUAGAUGAAGUCGGUCUAUCUAUCUCCGAGUUUGCCAUCUUUGGAUCUAUAUUGACAGUUGGAGCAAUGGUUGGUGCUGUUACUAGUGGGCGCUUGGCUGAUUUUCUUGGACGAAAAAUGACCAUGCGGAUAUCAGCUACUAUUUGCAUCUUUGGUUGGCUUUCUAUACAUCUGGCCAAGAGCGCUAUCAUGCUCUACUUUGGGAGAAUCUUACUGGGUUUCAGUACUGGAGUUCUUUCUUAUGUGGUGCCUGUAUUCAUAGCUGAAAUAGCACCAAAGAAUCUCCGUGGGGGGCUCGCAACAUCAAACCAGCUCUUGAUCUGUUCUGGAAGCUCAGCUACCUACAUCAUAGGAGCCCUGGUUGCGUGGCGAAAUUUGGUACUUGUUGGUUUAUUGCCUUGUGUUCUUCUGCUAGCCGGGCUUUACUUCAUUCCAGAGUCACCAAGAUGGCUGGCCAAUGUCGGAAGGGAAAAGGAAUUCCACACCUCAUUGCAAAAGCUGCGUGGACAGGAUGCUGAUGUAUCAGAAGAGGCAAUUGAGAUUAAAGAGUACAUUGAAUCACUCCGUAGCUUUCCAAAGGCCAGGCUUCAAGACUUAUUUCUAAGCAAAAAUAUAUAUGCAGUCAUUGUGGGUGUUGGCUUGAUGGUUUUUCAGCAACUCGGAGGGAUAAAUGGUGUUGGAUUCUAUGCAAGCUAUAUCUUCAGUUCUGCCGGUAUGCAAAUGUCUCUAAUAUUGUGUUGUCCUUUUGUAACAGUCCUUUAUGAAUAUGUUGCUUCUAUCAUAACUUCAGGGUUUUCUGGAAAACUUGGAACCAUCUUGAUUGGCAUUAUUCAGAUUCCAAUUACAUUGUUUGGGGCCAUCCUCAUGGAUAGGAGUGGAAGAAGGGUUCUCCUGAUGGUCUCUGCAUCUGGAACAUUUUUGGGCUGCUUCCUCACUGGAGUAUCAUUCUAUCUAAAGGCACAAGGACUUUUCCCAGAAUGGGUUCCCACAUUGGCUCUUUCUGGCAUACUGGUUUACAUCGGGGCAUACUCAAUUGGAAUGGGUCCUGUCCCUUGGGUUGUCAUGUCUGAGAUAUUCUCCAUUAACAUGAAAGCAAUUGGUGGAAGCUUGGUGACCCUUGUUAGCUGGCUGGGUUCCUUCGCGAUUUCUUACUCGUUUAGCUUCCUUAUGGACUGGAGCUCUGCAGGUACCUUCUUCAUGUUCUCUGCGGCCAGCUUGGUCACUGUAUUCUUCGUGGCGAAGCUGGUCCCUGAAACCAAAGGAAGGACACUAGAGGAGAUCCAAGACUCUCUAAACACCAGAAGAUAAAAAUGAAUUUACUGCACACUACAGAAGUAUUCCAAGAUGGAAAAUGGGAAUUUACAGGACACAACAGAAUAAUUCUAAGAUGGAAAAUGAUGUCCACGUUUACCUUUCCCACCUUCACCGUGUGCUCAACCGUCAGACUUCUGCUCAUAGAAGAAACAAUACAAUUUUCACCUCCCCCCGCUUCUCCUCCCCUUCUCUCCUGCUCACCUCCGUGUAAUAUGUAGUGUACCCUAUGUAGGUUAAGGACUGCAGAUUGAGAUUAUGUAGUAUUAUUAAGUAUCAUGUCCCUCCAGAUUGUUUGAGCUUGAGCAGCAACUGAACCGACAUUAUGUACCAUGUCCCUCUAGAUCAAUCAGCAGUACAUUUUUAUAUUCAUGAUCAGCAUUUUUGUAUCAUGUCCCUCCAGAUCAAUCAGCAAUGCAUUUUUAUAUUCACAGAUA